AGAGUUGACGUGCCUCGGGAGAUCUUUUCGUAGGUCAAUUUGCUCGGAAGCGCUACACCGGAUCCAUUUACGCUUUUCACGCAAUUACCGUGCUCUUAUUUGGAAAAAUCGCGCGUCACUUCGCCCUGGUUUGGUCCAUACCCUCGAGGCUGAGCACUUUGCUGUAUAUGGUUUCUUUCUGGUGUCACAUGAUCGACGAAUAGACGGACAUUUUACAAAACGACGCUCUCAGCUCAGAUUUUGUUCAGCCGUUAACGUACGCGAUCAAAACAGUGUGGAAUUACGACCUUUAGGAAUGAAUGUAUCUUUCUCUCGAUAACCAAUAUAUAUUGUCACACUUCACUGAGUAGCUGUCUAACAACGCUUCGACAAUCUUCAACUUUGGAGAGGCAAGGGGCGCUGGUAAGUGAAAGGAACAUGAAUGACGAGGUUCUAGGACGCUUGAAGCAACUUGCAUCCUCUGUUCAAAAGAAAAGUAAUACUCCGAGAAAGAGUGGGUGUGGCAAGGACGGAGAAGCGAAAAAAGAGGAAGGACCGGAGAAAAACCCAAAACAAAAUAAAGGAGAGGCAGCCAAUACUGAUACAGGAAGCUUAACAGGUACAAGUGGCAGAAUAUCCUGUGUGUCAAUCAGAAACAAUGAAAUAAAAUACGAUUCGCCAGCACAAAGCAGCAAAGAAUCAGGAAAAGACAAUGAAAUAAAGAUGGACAUGAAUACGUUCCGUCAGAUGCUCAAAGAAGUAAUGGUGAAGCGAUCCCUUGAAGUAGAAAAGAGAAUAAUGGCGGACGUAGAAUUGUUGAAAAAGCAUAUAUUUGCGUUGGAAGAGGAAAAGAAAACACUGCAGUCCGAUGCAAAACGACUAGAGCAAAAAGUGAAACAAAUCUCUUGCAAACAUGAAAGGCAAAAGCCGCAGAUGAUAUCUUGUGGAACACAAAUUGACAUUGAUCUGGUACAAGGGAAUAGGAUCGUUGAACUUUUAACAGAUAAUUCUAUUCGUGAAAAGCAAGUCUCGUCAAAUAUUGAAAGAACGGGUAAUGCCCAUCAUGCCACGAAUGUAGAUGUUGAGCAAAUUCUCAGGCACCACAUACAUGGCAAUAGAGGAAAUACACACAGUGUUACGACGAGUGAAUUAAGAAGAAUUUCUGAUUUUAAUGCUCGUGGUAACAACAUUACCCAAAUGAAGCAGACUGUGCCGUCUUUUGUAAACGAUUGCAGAAUGCCAUCGGGGCAAACUGGACCUGGAAAUCUUACCUUUUCUCCACCUCAAAGACAGCAAGUUAAUUCAGACACUGCACAGGCGUACGCACGAGAAGGCGAAUCAGCUCACAGAGUUUCGCCUGAAAUUCCCAUUGAACAACCGCGGCCCCUUCAAAGGCCUGCGUCUCAUCCACCGGCAAUGCAUGGGACAUCCCCUAAUAACCAUAUACAUAAUCAAGGGCAGUCACCUAUUCUCAUACAGACAAGUCAUGAGGUUUUAAAAUCCCCUUCAACUACUCUGAGUACAGUCCAGGACAAUUUUCCAGCACGAGUAGGAUGGAAUCCUUCACAACCAGAAAAUCAAAACAAUCGUAUCCGAAUGCCACAGUCAAGUCGAGCUGCUGACGUGCCAGUUCACUUGAAACGUGGUCCUCCAAAUAUUUCCGUUUUUGGUGGGCCAAACAAGCGGAGUAAACGAUGGAGUAACGAUGGUUUACAUGUUGUUUCGAGUAGUAACGACUAUGUUAUGCACAACUUUAAGGUAAAACCUAUUAACACGACUGCUGUCCCGAGAGUUGUCCCCAGAAGUGUGGCCCCCGUAAAUCACAGACCUCUUCAACCAAAACCGACUUUACCAAUCUCCCAACCACAGCAAGGAAAUCAAGCAGUGUACACCAUUAGUCCUUCAAGCCAAGGCCAUCCAUCCAGCCAAGGCUAUCCAUCCAACCAUAGCCAUCCAUCCAACCAUGGCCAUCCAUCCAACCAUGGCCAUCCAUCCAACCAUGGCCAUCCUUCCAACCAUGGCCAUCCAUCCAACCAUGGCCAUCCAUCCAACCUUGGCCAUCCAUCCAACCAUGGUCAUCCAUCCAACCAUGGCCAUCCAUCCAGCCAUGGCCAUCCAUCCAACCAUGGCCAUCCAUCCAGCCAUGGCCAUCCACCCACACCAAGACCAUAUUUAAAUCAAGCUUCUUCCAGUCUUGAAUCUAUACCUCAUCCAACUCUACUUCAAACCAACAAGCCACCGGGGCAGAUCACAAGUCAACAGUCAUCAGGCGUUCAACCCUCUAUUCAGAAUGCACCUCAUCCCGUUCAUCAGAUGAGUAAGGCUCCCAUUCAGCCACAAAGACUUUCACAAGGUCAGCUUGUAGAGAAGGUUAGUUAUCCUACCAAUCCACCACGACAACCUACCACUGACUAUGGCCUAGGAGUGACACUUACCCACUCACAACCUUCUCAACGAGUAGAGCCAGCGCAUACAUACGGUCAGCCUACUGAAUCCAAUGACAAAGUGUACGUUGUUCGAGAUUACCAGGUAUCUCAACAGAGGGAUCCAAAUCUCACAGUUCCUCUGCCGCAAAGAGCUGCUCUGUUUCAAGCCGCUACUCAAGCGCCUCCCGGUGUGCCAAGAGGUCGACAUCCGCCAAUUCAAUCCCCCGGUAUUUCGUCCUCAGCUUCGCCAUCUAACCGUCAUCCAGGAAAUCCUAAUGUAGGAGGUGAUCAGCGUGGUACAGUGAAUCAGUCAGAUACUUUGGUUGCCACAAACGGCGAUUCUAAGGUACAGUUAAGGUCACCACCAAAACCGCAGGCGUCAAUUGUAGUUGUCCAGGAUGACAUUGUUCUUUCCUGGACCAUGAGACUAGAUGACACUAUGGCAGUAAUUGACAAUUAUGAACUGUUUGCUUGUCAAGAUGGUGCCGAAAGCACAAAUCCACCAAUUAUGUGGAAAAAGAUCGGUAUUGUUAAAGCACUCCCACUUCCAAUGGCUUGCACGCUGUCACAGUUCUCCUCUGGGAAUAAGUAUCAUUUUGCUGUGCGUGCAGUUGACGACCAAGAACGUGCAGGCCCCUUCAGUGACCCGUGCACGAUAUCCUUGACUUAAUGGAGUUUUUAGCUGCAUAAAGAAAAGACAUACAUAUUAUAAGCAACCAAACGCGUCAAAAUGUAUUGAUCCACGGACGAGUGGGGACUCAAUUAAUGGGGCAAAUAUUAAGUGCAAACGAAUGCAGACACCGUAAUUCUUGACCUCUUCAUUUUUGUGUCAUAUUUCUAUGAUUUUUAUAUUUAUAUCUUGUAUUGAUGUACAUUGCUAAAUUGGUGAAAGUUAAGUGAAAACAAAUCCAGACACCCUAAUCCUUGGCCUCUUCGGUUUUAUCAUAUUAUAUUUUUGUAAUUUUACAUUUAUUUUCCGCCAUUUAUGAAGAUUGCUCAAUUGAUAAAGGCUGAGGGCAAACAAAUCCAGACAUCCUAAUUCUUGACUUCUUCAUUUGUAUGUGAUAUUUUUAUAAUUCAAAUAUUUAUCUCAUAUGUUGAUGUACAUUGCUAAAGCUGAAAUCGUAUUUAUUUUUGUACUCGAGAAUUUUCUUUAUUUAGACCAAUAAAUUAACAUGAAAGCAUUUCUAUGAGGUGAUUGUUAUUGUAGUUUUAGCUCUGUUUUGUUGAGAUGUGGCGCGACAUUUCGGAACCAAUCACAGAGCGAAGUGAAGCAAACCAAAGCAAUCCCAGAUUUCCUUCGAAAACUGCUCAAUAGGUCACAAACAGGGAUACAUUUAAGCCCGACGUUUGUCUCCUUUAUUGCGCAUCAGUAGACGCUCAGCAUUAGUAUCACA